AUGGCUGCUGCUUACCACUUGGCCGCGUUCGGGUCGGACGUGACUGUCUUCGACCCCCACGAGGCCGGUACUGGCAGCGGCGCGAGCUCUGUGGCUGCCGGUCUGCUGCACCCGUUGACGCCGCGAGGGAAGCUCAUCUGGAAAGGAGAGGAGGGCUUCGAGGCUGCCAAGCAUCUCAUUCAAACUGUUAACGAUAAGCUUGUCGAUGACGCCGCCGCCGCCGCCGGUGACGACGCGUCGCCAGCCAACGGUCCACGGGGGUGCUUGACAACAAACAGCGUCUACCGGCCGCUGAUGGACGAGAAGCAGGUCGACCUCUUCACCAAGGCCGCGGAGGACUUGCCGCAGUGGGUGGAGUCGUUAACGCGAGAGGAGAUAAUGGAGGCCGUCCCGGGGUCGACGCCCGAGUGUCUGGGGGGAGUUCGCAUACGGGGGGCGUUAGCGGUCGACGCGCCGACGUACCUCAAGGGUCUCUGGUCCGCCUGCCGCGCGCUCGUCAACGCAGCAGACGCGGACAGAAACGCUAGCGGCGGCGACAGCAGCGGGGGCGAUGACGGCGCCUCCUCGUCGCCGUCGCGGAAAGAGGGGGCUACGUGGGUGCGACAAAGCGUGGAGGACGUCCACGCGCUGGCCGCCUCGGGGGAGUUCAACGCCGUGGUGGCGUGCGUCGGGGCCGGGGUGAAGGCGCUCGCCGGGGUGAAGGACAUCGUCAGCCUCCGGCUGUAUGUUGUGCCGACCACGGUGGACGAGACGGGAGCGGCGGGGGGGGGCAACGGGGACAAGAUCUUGCUGGGGUCGACGCAGGAGCCCUUCAUGCCCGGACAGAAGGUGGACAGGCCGCCGGACAUGGCCAAGGCCCUCCGACAGCUGAGGCCAAAAGUCGCCCGGUUUUUCCCGGCUCUCGAAGGGGUGACGCCAGUUGGAUGCACCGCCGGGGUACGAGUGAUGCAAGAGCGCAGCAGCUACGGGCGCAUCCCGGUCGCCGGUCGGCUCCCGUUCUCCAAGCGGGGGUGGGUAAUCGCCGCGCUGGGAGCGCGGGGCUUGAUCCACCACGCCUACCUGGGGAAGCUCGUCGCGGCUUGCGCGUUGCUGGAUUCCGACGACUGCCUGCCGCCGCAGGUGGUGGCUCCGCUCGAAGACCUCGGCAAGGACGCGACGGGAGACCUGUGAUGUAAAGA